AUGGCAGCUGUGAACCCCCGCUCCAGGGGGGGCAAGGAGCUCAGUGCCACGGAGCUGGAGGCCAUCGGGGAGCCCUGGGCGGAGGAGAAGGAGGACGAGGACAGCGCGGUGGAGACGGAGGACAGCCUCUCCAGGGAGGAGGUGCCAGUGGUGGCAGAGGCCCAGCCCUGCGAAGUCUCCCACCCGGCCCCUGCUCCGGAGGUGACGCCGGUGUCACAGUCCCCGCAGCAGCCUGACAUCCCUUCGGGGGAGCAGGACAUCCCGCUCCAGCCAGGUAACAGCGAUGGGGACACGGGCAGUGCGGUGCCGUGGAGCGGAGGGUACAUCAAGACCUACCUGCUCCCAGACAAGUCCAACCAUGGCAAGCGCAAGACCACGGUGCGCAAGCGCAGCCUGGACCCUGUCUUCAACGAGACCCUCAAGUACAAACUGGAGAAAACAGACCUGCAGGGCCGGACCCUGAACCUGUCCGUGUGGCACCACGACAGCCUGGGCAGGAACCUCUUCCUGGGCGAGGUGGAGAUCGCGCUGGGCACGUGGGACUGGGCCAACACGCGGCCCGAGUGGUUCAACCUCCAGCCCCGGACACCUGUCAGCCCCAAUGACCUCGCCAGCUGCGGCCACCUCAACCUGGCGCUGAAGUUCAUCCCCGCGGGCUCUGAAGGUGCAGGGCUGCCCCCCACGGGCGAGCUGCACAUCUGGGUGAAGGACGCGCAGAGCCUCGUGCCCCUGCGCCGCGGCACCGUGGACACCUUCGUGCAAUGCUACGUGCUGCCCGACGACAGCAAGGCGAGCCGGCAGAAGACGCGCGUGGUGAAGCGGAGCCUCAACCCGCUCUUCAACCACACCAUGGUCUACGACGGCUUCCAGGCCAAGGACCUGGCCGAGGCCUGCGCCGAGUUCACCCUGUGGCACCGCGAGGCCUUCGCCAAGCGCCUGCUGGGCGGCAUCCGCCUCAGCCUGGGCACAGCUCCCGCAGCAGCCUAG